CUGCCUCCUCACAAUUCUUACCACCAAAUGGCGACCAACAACUUCCUUCUCAACGUCGUGGCCACGGUCACCACCACCCUUUCCACCGGCGACCUAGUCUCCGACAUGAAGCACCGCAUCUUCCCACUCCCCCUCCACCCGUUGCUCAACAAAGAAACUGCCCUGCCUCAUGUACGAAACGUUUCGGACGCCAUCUCCAUUCCCCUGCACCUUUCCGUCCUCCAAAAAGUCGUGGACUCUGCUCGCCACGUUGUUUCGGGAGACCGCCGUUUUGUCACCAUGUCAGGCAUGCCUUUCGUCACGAUUUGCAUCUCGGUCGACCACGGUGUAGUCUCUGCUGAUGGCGAGUUCGAUGCAGAUGAUGAUGAUUAUGAGGACGAUGAGGAUGAUGAGGAUGAUUACGAUUAUGAUGAUGAUGAGGAGGAGGAUGACGAGGAUGAGGAGCCACCGCAGAAGGAGGUGGAGAAAGGUGGGAAUGGUGGCGCCUGCCGUGGUACUACGCUCGAGGUGAAGAGUGUGGUAGUUGAGGAGCAGGGGAAGGUGUGCGCCAUCUGUUUGGAGAGGUUUGAGGUGUCCUGUGAAGCGAUUCGCCUGCGGUGUGGUCAUCUUUAUCAUCGUGAUUGCAUUGGGAAUUGGCUUCAGAAGGGGAAAAGGCAAUGUCCUGUUUGCAGAUCCCAGAUUCCCUAGUUAAUUAGUUAUGGGCCAUAAGUUACUCCGUGUAAAAGACCCUCCUCUGUUUUCCAUUGAUUCUUUGUAUGUCAACAAUUGUUCUUUGUAUGGUUGAUAUGGAAAGAUUAUCAUAAAGAUCAGGACUUUUG